CUCUGUUUCAGAGAGCAUUGCUGCAACAGAUAGGAUAAAAGGAAGUGAAUCAAGAGUGGAAAUUGCAGAGUGUUUGACAGAGUUCUGCAACAGAGGAAAUGAUCCAGUCUUGAAGCAAAGGUUUGAUAAUCAGUACAGCUUUUUGGUUUCUUCAGUCAGUUCACCAGCAUCCCCAACUGAGAUUAGUAGCAGUUCGGCAGAAGUUGAAUAUUUGCCUACACAUCAUACCAAUGUAAAUCCAAAUGAAUUGCAUAGCAAAGACAUUGGACUAGCUUCAAACAAGGACUUCAGUGCAGGAGAAAUAGACUACAUAACUUUAUCUGGGAAAGAGAGACCCUGUGAAAAAGCCGUGGGUAUGCAGGAGAACAAAAGCUUGGAGAUCGAAGAUGUAACUCCAGUGACUGCAAAGACAGACUUGCAAGAAGAUGUGCUUUCAACAUUUCCUUCAGAUUCAGUUGAACAAGUGCACACUGGAAAUGGAACUAGUGAAGUUGAGAAAUUUUCCACUGAAACCCUUUCUGCAUACAAUACCUCAGAUGCCCAUUUUGCGACAAACCAUGGUCAGGAUGUAGGGGAAGGACAUUUAGAUGAAAAAAGAACUGAAACUCAACAAGGCAAAGGAGAAAUGGAUGCAAAUGAUCUAGAUGCCUCAUCGGAUGAAAGUUCUAGUAGGACAGAAAUGAGCAUAUCUGGUUCAGAGAAUUCUGUUAAAGAACUAAAAGCAGCAAGACCUCUAAAUGAUGAGACAUUUAGAGAAAAAUCUGAAGAAUCUAAGAGUGAGCACUAUGUAAUAUGUCAAAUAUCAUCAGAAACAAAACACACAAAUCAUACCAAUAAGACAGUAUUCACAGACGAUCUAAGCAAUGCAGAAAGUGAGACCACUGCAUUUCAGCUCUCCUCGAGAGAUGACAAAUUUUCAUCUGAAGACUUAAAAGAUGGUGUAAAGAUGGCAGACCAGGUUUAUUCAGAAUCAUCUGGAAAUGAACCAAAAAAGGAAGAGAUUUUGGCUGAAAAGAGUGAAUCGUCUGAAGUAAGUUCCUUAAAAUUUGUGCAAGAGCAAUUAUCUCCAAGUUCUGAGUUGGUGGCACAAGAAACUGUUCAUGAACACACUGAGGAAGUAAUAGAACAGUUCCCAUGUGAAGAAUAUGCAAGAUCAGUGACAGAGGAUGUGGGAAUGGACAUCCCCUUUGAUGAGGGUGUGCUAAGUCCCUUAGCUGAAGAAAGCAGACCUGCACCACCUAAUUCCUUGGAUCUCAAUGGAACCCACCCUGGAAAGAAAAAGCUUAUAGCUCCUGAAAUCAGUCUUUCACUUGACCAAAGUGAAGGCUCAGUACUUUCUGACGAUAACCUUGAUACUCCCGAAGAUCUUGACAUCAAUGUAGAUGACCUCGAGACUCCUGAUGAAGCAGAUUCGCUUGAAUAUUCAGGACAGGGUAAUGAACUGGAGUGGGAAGAUGAAACACCUAGCGCAAUCAAUACUGGAAGAGAAGUGGCAGAACCUAUACCAGAGUACACAGCUGAAGAGGAACGCACUGAUAACCGGUUAUGGAGAACUGUUGUCAUUGGGGAGCAAGAACACAGGAUUGACAUGAAAGCUAUUGAACCUUACAGAAAAGUUGUCUCUCAUGGGGGAUACUAUAGUGAUGGGCUCAAUGCCAUCAUUGUGUUCGCUGCAUGUUUCCUGCCAGAGAGCAGCAGACCAGACUACAAUUAUAUUAUGGAGAAUCUCUUUUUGUAUGUGAUAAGUACUUUAGAGCUCUUGGUAGCUGAGGACUACAUGAUCAUUUAUUUGAAUGGUGCAACUCCACGAAGAAAGAUGCCAGGCUUUAACUGGAUGAAAAAGUGCUAUCAAAUGAUUGACAGAAGGUUGAGGAAGAAUUUGAAAUCAUUUAUAAUCGUGCACCCAUCAUGGUUUAUCAGGACGAUACUGGCUGUGACUCGGCCUUUUAUUAGUUCAAAGUUCAGCAGUAAGAUAAAGUAUGUCAAUAGCCUGGCUGAGCUGGAGGAGCUGAUCCCCAUGCAACAUGUUCAGAUACCAGACACUAUAAGAAAGUAUGAAGAAGAAAAGUGUAUAAAAAGAAGGAUGAGAUUGGAUGAAGAACUAAAAGAAGCAUCAGACACAACAAACAGAUUGUCGAUUGAAUCAGAAGCAUCUUCAGAUGAACAAGUAGCUGAAACAACUCUUGAUAAACACAUGGAGUAACCAGUCAACAUGGAAUUCCAACUACCACAUAUAUUUUUGUUUCUGACUAGCGACAGCAACUCCUUCAUCACGUCCUGAUUUACCUGUUUACAUGUCGGUUGUUCAUGUUUAUGAAGUGUAACCUGUGAGUCAUAAAUUGAGACUAACAGUUGUGCCUGUGAAUAAAAUGUCAUAAAGAAUAUUGUGAUGAGUGGCAAUGAUAUGCAUCUACUUAACUGUUUAUUUCAAAAUAAUUGUACAUUUAAAAAGAACACUUCAGCAUUGCCAUAUUAAAGAGAAUCUUACGAUGCCAAACUAAAUAGUAGUGCCUCCUUUCAUCCAACCACCCCACUCCAUCACUGUGCCCAACAACUCCACAUCACUGUCUUUCCCAGUGAGCAUCAUUUUGUGAAAUUAGCCCUUUAGCACUUUCGCAUGAAAUCACAGGAGGAUGCCUCUGUAAUAGUUUGAGAUUAUUCCCUUCAAAAGUGAAACAAUCGAAGAGCUAUUAUUUAGAGCUCCAAAACAUUUAUAUGAAUUCUUCAAAAGCCAACGUAGACAUUUGCUUGACUAUCUCCUGAAGUAGUUAGACCAUAUGACACAUUUUAGGAAUUUUUGUUGUGCUGUCUUUGUAUAUAUCUUCAGGAAAAAAAAACUUGUUUGUGUAAUAGCUAAUGGGGGUGAUUUAUUUUCAGCUGACUGCUUUGCAGCAAACAAGAAACGUAUUCCUAUCAAAAUACUUUACAGCAUAGUUAUUUGCAAAGCAUUUUUAAAGUUGUUUCAUAGUCACUUACUGCUACCUACUUUAUUUGAGAGAUUGGGGUCAUCUGUAUCUCAACAUUAUCGUAUAAUAUCCUGUUCACUUGUAUCUUCUGGCCCUAACUAUUCCACAUCUCUGCAAAGACAGCUAGUGAACUGGAACUUUAAUCAAAAGUACAGUUAGAAAGACAUCUCUCAUAUUUACAACCUCAAAACUAGCAAAUCCAUGAAAUUAUAUUCAUUUGUACUAGCUUUUUUUCAAAUAAUCACAGUGGCAAUCUUAGUUUGGAUGAAAUACAUACAUUUAAAUGGAAUUAAAAACAGCUAAUCCUAAUCAUAAUUCAUUCAAUGCAUGACAAUUUGAUGCUUUUAUUCCCACUAUUUUAUUGUAGACUGAAAAACAAAAAAGAUUUUGCAAUUUUUUGCCUAGCUUAUUGUUUCAAUCAUCCAUCACCUUGAAUUAGUCAAGUAUCAUCAAACUUCUUCCAUUGCCUGGUCAAAAUCCUGUUACUCUCUAGUUAACUGCACUAUUGAAGAACCUUCACCACCUGGAUAACUGUAGUUAAAGAAGGAGUCCCAUGCUUCUUCAAGCCAACUAGGUUUGGCAAUGCACCGGUGAUGCUCGCAUCUCAGGGUAUAAACAUCCCUUUUCCUUCCUUUUAACCUUGAGAUUUUUGUAGAUAAAAAUCAACCUGUUAUUCCAAAGAAUUUUUCUAGCUAGUUGAGAAAACAAAACAUACUUGAGAUUACCAAACCUAACAACUUUGAUUUUUGUGGUCAUGUUGAGAUAUCCAAGCUGAACUCUAUUUCUUUUCACCUUAAUGUAUUGCUAGACCUAUUGGGCUGCUUUUAAUCAAGUUUACCAAGGGGAAAAAUUAAUUGCACAAUAACCAGAAGCAAAACAAAUAAUGGUAUAAUUAACUAAUCGACGUUAGGUAGGCAUAAAUAUAGGAAUUCUUCAUUGGUAAGUUUUUUGCUUGUGGGAAAUUAUUAAUGCAGUAAGAUUAGAUACAGAUGAAUUAAAUAGCAAAAAGCACUGCUUUUCUAUCUUAAUUGUACCUUCUAUAAAAUAGAUUACAACAAAUAGCAUACUUUGUAAACCAUGAGAGCAUUUACUGUCAUAUACACUGGGUGAAUGGAAGUUUGGAACAGGUUAUUUCCUUUCAUGUCAAAUUUUGGAUUUUUUUUUACAGCUUCUGCAUUAUUUAUUCCUAUAAAUGAAACAGUGAUACCUGUACAAUGAUAUUAAACAAUUAAAAUACUAUCUAAGUAAAUUAGAAUUACUUCUUUCCUUGAGAGAGGUAGGCUGCAAUUAAUAUUAUUGUCAAUGUGGAGCAAAGUAGUGUUCUGAAAAUAUUAGUGACUACAGAGCAUAAUGUUUUCUUUCAAAAUAUUUUAUUAGGAUGCCAUCUCUGCACUCUCAUACAUUGCCGUUUUAUUAAUUAUUUAGUUUGACCCACCAUUGCCUUUUCCUUUCCACAGCAGUAUGGUUCAGAUGGACAAUUCACCUGCACAUAGAUUCAUUCAAUUUAAUAUUUUCUCAGCAAAUAUUAAUGUCGUACCUUAAGAUUUAUGUGAUACUGUUUUACCAUUCAAAAAAUUCUGAAAGAUCCUGCAUGGAGAGCCAUUGUGUUCUGCAAAGGAUUACAAUACAUAUGUGUUUGGUUUCAUUGUUUUCAUUGUGAAAUGGCCUAAUUGAAUCCACUUCCAUGACCCAUUCAUUCGCCAAAUGAAUGUUUAGAGCCCCUUUUCUCAAAUGUAUUUAUUUCAAAACAUCACCCUCACCAUAGCUAUCUACAAAAAUCCAAUGUGUUUUUAAAAAUCAGAUCUCUCUGAGAUAUUCCCGUCAAUUCAAAGUUUAUGGGCAAGCUUCCAGCACAUUUCCCUUUACAAGUAACCUGUCAGAUUGAUGGCAAAUCUACAUGCCAAUUAAUAAACUAUUUUUGACUCUAAUAUGAGAUGGAAUCCAAUGUAUGUUUUGAAGAGUAUAAUGGAGUUCCAGUUUUCUGUAGCUAAAUUCUAAAUUCUCCAACUUUUUCCAUUUACAGGUUUAUGAUCAUUAGAUUAUUGUAAAUAAAAACCAAAAGCAGAAAUGGUUUUAUUGUAUCAUGAUAUUAAUGUUACUUCAUAAAUGACCUUAGCUUUUGGUAGAAAAUCCAUUGGAGUUUACAAUAACAAUCAAGUUGAAUAUUACCUAUGAUGUGUUCCAUAGUAAUUUAUUUAUGUUAAAAUUUGUCUAAGUGAGAUACACUGUCAUUCUGUACAAUUGACUAGGCAAUUUUAAUCAGCGAACUUUCUCUUUAUCAGGUUUAUAAACUAUCUAUGUGAUUGCAAAAAGGACAAAGCUGUUCCAGAAUGGUGAAUAAUUCCUAUAAGUGACUUAACAUUAUCAUUCUUUUUGUGCCGUAUUAGUGGCACAGAAUUUGGAAAGGUGUGGGUUAGUAGUGUUCAAUUUAACUCUGAUUCUAUAAGGUAGAUAUCUAUAUUAUCUUUUGUGACAUAGAGAUGUCGGAAUCUAAAAAAAAAAAUGCUGUUUUCAUAUAUGUUGGAGCUGUGUUAGGAAUUAAAGAUGCUCGGUAGUUAAGAGAACAUGUUCAUGCUGGGCAGUGGCUACAGUUUCAUUGGGAGGAAGAACACCACCUAAUGGAUUGCUUUAUUUCCUGCUUUGUCCCACUGCCACAGUCAAGCACGGACCUCUGUUAUAUUUACCCCUAAAGCAUUAAUACUUUGAAAAAUCAUGGUGAGGUGAUCCUUUAUGUAAAAAAAUGUGAAACUACAUAUCCUUACAAAGAAUGGUAAUUUGCACUAUUAAAUGCUGUGCUCUCCUAUC